GCUGUGCUUUCCUUCUCCGCUUAGUAGAUUCAAGUAUAAAAGGCUAUCUCCACUUGUUUUCUUUCACUGCCUUCCUGAUCUUCGUUGCUGCCUCAACCGAUGAGAUUCACCUUCAAAUGGCGUCACCAAUGAUUGCAUCAUGUAAUUGCACCAAAUCAGAAGUCCUUCUCCAGUCCGCGCUUGCACUUCGGGAUGACCUGCAAAGCUCUGAGGUGGAACUCGGGGUAGAUACUCCGAUGCUUAAGUCAGCAAUAAUCGGGGCUACCUUUAGGGCGGAGAUAAGAAAAGCUUAAGGUUGGUUUCAAUCACCUUUUUGACGUGGCCCGGGGGGGUAUUUAUAGGAUCCACUGAGGAAUCCACGUGGCAUGCCAAGCAAGAUAAUCGGAGCCUGACGUGUUCAUCCAGGCGAUUAUUCCGGGACCGGGAAUUUGAGAGGUAUCUAGAUGCACGAGCGUCCACCAUACUUGUUGUACCACUCAUCAUAAGGAAUCAAGUGCUGGCAUGCUU